AUGCCGCGCUUGGAGCUCGAGCGCGAUGACGUGCGAAUAACGCCGACGCGCGGGCUCGGGUUCGCGUGCGAGACGGUGUCGCCGAAGCGCGACGGCGAGGCGAUGAAGUCGACGGAGGUUGGUUCGGUGCUGCUGUUGCACGGAUUGAAUUCGCACGCGACGAACCCGAACGCGCGCGCGAUGGCGGUGGCGCUCGCGAAACGAGGGAUGCGAGUGAUAUCGUUCGAUCUGCCGGGACACGGGGCGUGCGAGAGCGAUGGGGACGCGCGAGGGGUGUACGCGGGGAAGGAGGCGGCGUUGGCGCGGGCGCGAAGCGCGUUGGCGGCGACGGCGACGGAAAGAUUCACGAUCGUUGGAUCGUCCAUGGGAGGCGCGUUGGCGAUAUUUUGCGCGAAUGCGAUGCGCGGCGAGGAGGGACGCGCGGUCGAGCGCGUGGUGUUGAUAAAUCCGUUGAUGAAGAUGAAGAUGGCGCUGCCGCGCGUCGCGUUGGCGGCGCUGCGACUGGCGAGCUACGCGGCGCCGCGGUUGGAGGUGUCGCCGAAACCGAGGGAUAAGCUCGACGUGGACGAAGAUCAGAGACCUGACUUUGACGACGAGGCGCAGGCGCAGUGCGACGCGGACGCGUUGAGCUGGGAUAAAGGGGUGUCGUUGCGCACGGCGGUGGAGCUGUACGAUUUAGUAGCGCACAACGCGGGAAAUCGGCCGGAAGAUUGCGGCAUGGUGCGCUUGAGCUUCGAGACUCCCGUCUUACUCAUCACGGGCGGACGCGACAACGUCAUCUCGCCCGACACCGCCAUCGAUCGCGCGAAAUUGGCCGUGCAAGCAGGUGGGAAGGCGGAGCACGUGCAGUUCGCGCUCGCCGGGCACUCGUUGACUUUGCAAAGUCGCAGAGAAGAAGUGUUCGAUCUCGUCGCGAAUUGGCGAUGGAAGUGA